AAUACGUAACUCGCAAUACGAAAUGGCGGCUUUGCAUUGCAUUCUCUUUCGGGCAAAUAACUUUUAAUUGGUGUAUUCUAGUUGUGAUUUUAAGUAAUCUUUCAUAUUUUUCAUUUCCUCAUUGAAACUUUAAUGAUUUAGCGAUUAAAAAUAAAGUGUCAAUUUGACAUUUUGUGAUUCACCAUAGUUUUUACUUUUUCUUUUUUUGAAAGAUUCUAUUUUUUUAAUUAAAAAAAAACAAACGCCUCUCUAUUGUCUGACGAUGGCUACUCCAGUGAGAACUGUAAAUAUUGUACCACUGCCUAAAGUUAAAAGAGAAAUCUCUGAUGAUGAAGAUGAAGACACCGUGUCAUGUAAAAUCUGCUACAAGCACUUUGUAAGCGAAGUAGCAUUGAGAAAUCAUGCUCGUAUGGAACACACAGAGAUAUAUAUCAAUGGUGAUCCUGCGUUGUGGACUAAAGUAGCUACUAAAAAACCAUCUAUACCUAAAACAGAAGAGAAGAGCGUUGAAGAGAAGACUAAAGAGUUAUUAGCUUCUAUGAUUCCGACGAGUAUAACAAAGUUAGCUUCAGAAGACGUCAGUUAUAUUAUUGUCAAAUCUGAGGAAACUAUUGAAGAAAAAGACCAAAUAAAGAAGAAGAAAGUGGAAAAGAUUGAUAAAGAUAAAUUGGAUAAGCAGAAAGUUAUAACGCCAAAGAAAGAUAGAGAUCCGCAGCCUAUUACUGGUCCAUUUGAAUGUCUCCAACCAUCAACCCUGGUGGCUGAAGGUACAUGCCAUCAGAUAUUCUUCUCGUGCUGUGAGUAUUCAGCACACUUUAGAGAUGAACAUACUCGGAGAAGAAAAGGUCUCCGUUGUCAAGUUUGUGAGAAGCCAUUGAAUGCGGUUGCUGAUCCACAAGCGAUGUAUAGUUGUGGGGUAUGUGGUAUAGGUUUUCAAACUAAUAAAGAAUUAUCCGAUCACAGUAGUCAAGCUCAUGUUAAAUUAAAACCUUUCGAAUGUACAAUUUGUCAUAAAAGAUUCACACAACAAGGCGGUUUACAACAACAUACUAGAAUGCACACGGGUUAUAGACCAUUCUCAUGUACAAUAUGUUCAAAAACGUUCACACAGAAAUCGGGUUUACAACAACAUUUUAGGAUACAUACGAAAGUUAGACCGUACCGUUGUGUUAUAUGUAAUAAAACGUUCUGUCAGUCUGUACAUUUGAAACAACAUAUGAGAACACAUACAAACGUAUCACCAUUCCAAUGUGGUAUAUGCGAUAAACGUUUUAAACAGAGUAGUCAUUUAAAUUAUCAUUUAAAAUAUCAUAAUCCUUUAAAUAUGUCCGAUGAACAGAAAAAGAAAUAUGAAGAAUUAGUCGGUUUGAUUGGUGAUAAUCCGGUUGAGUUGUGUGAACCUCAGUUAGGUGAUGAAAAGAAUGAAACUAGUGAUGAAUCUUGGUGUGUUACAUUUGUUGAUGCUAAUGUUACGGAUAAUUGAUUAAUUAUUUAGAAGUUUUAAAUAAUUUGGUAUUUGUGGGGUGUUUUUU